CAGGUCGCUCUCCUCGGUGCUGAAAUCGCUGCUCGUCGUGAUAAUGUGAACGGCGAUGAGGCCAAACGGAGCGUCGGCCAAUAGACACCAAAAUGGACGAUGAUCUGUUCCAACUGAGACAGCUGCCUGUUGUCCGCUUCCGUCGCACAGGUGAGAGCACACGCUCUGAGGAUGAUGGUGAGAAUAGAGAACAGGUUGUCAGGAUUGCAGAGCAGACUGAUCUGGAGUCUGAGGCACUUGCAGAAGGAGCUCCAGUACCUCGAGAGUUUGCCAAUCCAACUGAUGACACAUUCAUGGUAGAAGAUGCUGUGGAGGCCAUAGGCUUUGGGACAUUUCAGUGGAAACUCUCCAUCCUCACUGGUCUGUCCUGGAUGGCUGAUGCCAUGGAGAUGAUGAUCCUCAGCAUCUUAGCCCCACAGCUCCACUGUGAAUGGAGACUGCCCAGCCUCGAGGUGGCACUGCUUACAUCGGCCGUGUUUAUUGGGAUGAUGAUCAGCUCGUCUCUUUGGGGAAACAUAUCUGACAAAUAUGGCAGAAAGACAGGUCUGAAGAUGAGUGUGUUGUGGACUAUGUUCUACGGUGUGAUGAGUGCAUUUGCGCCAAUUUAUGGGUGGAUCCUUGUCCUCCGUGCGCUGGUGGGCUUUGGCAUUGGAGGAGCCCCACAGUCGGUGACACUGUACGCUGAAUUUCUGCCUAUGAAGUCUAGAGCCACAUGCAUCUUGCUGAUUGAGAUAUUUUGGGCACUGGGCACUGUGUUUGAGGUCCUCUUAGCGAUCCUGGUGAUGCCCACUCUGGGCUGGCGCUGGCUGCUUGGCCUUUCUACCAUUCCUCUCUUCAUAUUUGCCAUCCUGUGUUUCUGGCUACCAGAGAGCGCUCGAUAUGACGUGCUGACAGGGAACCAGGAAAAAGCUCUGGCCACGCUGAAGCGCAUUGCCACAGAGAACGGAGCACCCAUGCCACUGGGAAAACUAAUUGCUGCCAGACAGGAGGAUCGUGGGAAGAUUCGUGACUUAUUUUCAUCCCACUUUCGCUGGACAACAGUUCUGCUGUGGUUUAUUUGGUUUGCAAAUGCUUUCUCCUACUAUGGACUGGUGCUCCUGACCACGGAGCUGUUUCAGGAGGGAGGCGCAUGUGGAGUGUCCAAAGGAAAUAAGAUGGAGCUCCGAUGCAGCUUGGAGUGUAAAUAUCUGAACUCUGACGACUACAAAGACCUACUGUGGACGACGUUAUCUGAAUUCCCAGGGCUGCUGGUGACACUGUGGGCUAUUGAUCGACUGGGAAGGAGGAAGACCAUGGCGUUGUGUUUCCUCGUCUUCUCUCUGUGCAUCAUUCCACUCUAUGGUUGUGUUGGGAGAGCGUCCAUGACAGUGUUAAUAUUCAUUGCCAGAGCCUUUAUUGCAGGAGGGUUCCAGGCUGCCUAUGUGUACACUCCCGAGGUGUACCCAACAGCGACCAGGGCUUUAGGUCUGGGAACAAGCAGUGGGAUGGCCAGAGUUGGUGCCCUCAUUACCCCUUUUGUUGCACAGGUGAUGUUGGAGUCCUCUGUUUACCUGGCUCUCUCGGUCUACUGCUGCUGCUGCCUCCUAGCUGCCGUCGCCUCCUGUGCACUGCCGAUUGAGACAACAGGUCGGGGCCUGCAGGAGUCCAGCCACCGUGAGUGGGGCCAGGAGAUGAUGGGCCGAGCCUCCUCCCACAGCUCAGGAGGACUCCCUAAUUCCAGCUCCGGCUCCCAGGGCUGAGGACUCGCCGGC